CACAAGAAAUACCUCAAAUAGUGGGGAGAUUUACCUUGACUGAAGUAAGAACUCAGCCGUAGUAGAGAUCAGAAUAUCAGUAGACUUUUGGAGUGGAGUUGUUUGACGUUUGGGCCAGUAAGCAACCACCUGCCUGCAUAACAAUGCGCGAAAUGAGAGAAAUCACAUAGCAACACUCUGGCAACCACCCAAGCCAUGCUAGCAUUGUGAACUUUUACACAGCGCGAAUAAACUCUCCAAGUGACAGUGGUACAAAGUAGGACAUGAUAUCUAUGAGAUGGAUGAUAUCAAUUUACACUACAGAUUUCUGAACUGGCGGCGCAGGAUCAGAGAAAUCAGGGAAGUCCGUGCUGUUCGUUAUCAAGAGCGAUGCAAACGAAUGUUGAAGAAUGGAGACACGCUAAGUUACCAAGGGAACUCUGAUGAAGUUGGCUGUUACGUGGCUCCACGCCCCUUAUCAAAGGGAAACUGUUACUUCGAGGUGACCAUUAUGGAUACUGGAGUGAGAGGGACAAUUGCUGUUGGGCUGGUUCCCCAGUAUUACAAACUUGACCAUCAGCCUGGCUGGCUUCCACAUUCAAUAGCUUACCAUGCCGAUGAUGGAAAAAUGUACAACGGCAACCCUGUUGGUCAGCAGUUUGGUCCUAAAUGUAACCGUGGUGACCGGAUCGGUUGCGGUAUCUAUGCAGACACUUUCGAUGCCGGACUUGUCACUGUGUUUUUCACAAAGAAUGGAAAGGAGGUGGGGUCAGUGGUGGUGCCGGUGGCUCCAGAUGGGCUUUUCCCUGCCAUUGGUAUGCACUCCCUCGGUGAGGAGGUACGGUUGGACCUGCAGGCGGAAUGGGGUUCGGAGGAGGACGACAGCGUCAUGAUGGUGGACAGCCAUGAGGAUGAAUGGGCACGCCUGUAUGAUGUCAGAGUCAGUGGCACGCUUCUGGAAUAUGUCGGGAAAGGGAAGAGCAUCAUGGACGUGGGUCUGGCUCAGGCCCGGCAGCCCCUCACGACACGAAGUCACUACUUUGAAGUGGAGAUUGUGGAUCCUGGAGAGAAGUGCUACAUCGCCCUUGGCCUGGCAAGAAGAGAUUACCCAAAGAACAGGCAUCCGGGAUGGAGUCGAGGUUCUGUUGCAUAUCACGCAGAUGAUGGGAAGAUCUUCCAUGGAAGUGGAGUAGGAGACCAGUUUGGCCCUCGCUGUUUUGAAGGGGACAUCAUGGGCUGUGGAAUUAUGUUUCCUCGGGACUACGUGCUGGACUAUGAAGAUGAAAUGGACGACUGGGAUGCUGCUGAUGUACGACCAAAGCAGGGGCGUGUUGAAAACUUGCUGUAUUUGAAUGAUGAAGAUGAGGAAGAGGGAGAUGAUCCAGAACAAGAACAUGAGGGCCGUAAGGUUAUGGUGUUCUUCACCCGGAACGGCAAGAUUAUCGGCAGGAGGGAAGUAGUUGUCCCAGCCGGAGGGUUUUACCCCACUAUCGGGAUGCUCAGCAGCAGAGAAAAGGUGAAGGUGGACCUCCAUCCCCUCAGCGGAUAAUAAACGAGGAACUCCACGUCUCCAAUCCCACCGUCAGCCACAAACGGAUGGAAAAGACCAAAAAAAAUUAUGCUGAGAUUUCUGUUCUCUUUCUUACGUUUCAAGGCACUUCAAAAUGCAAGUUUAGCACGUCUAACACAUUCACUCCAAUGCAUGUUUCGUCUACAGCGUUCACCUCGGCAGCGCCUCAGAGGGGUUUGUGGCAUGAAAUGAGUAAUAUUGGGCCUCAAAAGAACGGUUUAACUGGUGACCGAAAUAAUACUGAUACAUUUUAUUGCAAAUGCGUAGAAAAUAUUUAAUUAUAUAUUUUUAAUGUACAUGUACAUAUGUAAAUUUAUGUAUUGGCUGCUAUACAAACAUUUAUUUAGCGAAAUCAAUCAUGAAUAUUAAUAAACAGCUGGACACCCUAAAGAAAGUUAAA